ACCAGCUACAAGUGACCUCAACCACACCAAGAGACUUCAACCACACCAAGAGAUUUCAACCCCAUCAAGAGACUUCAACCACACCAAGAGACCUCAACCCCACCAAGAGACUUCAACCCCACCAAGAGACCUCAACCCCAUCAAGAGACUUCAACCACACCAAGAGACUUCAACCCCACCAAGAGACCUCAACCCCACCAAGAGACCUCAACCACACCAAGAGACUUCAACUCCACCAAGAGACUUCAACUCCACCAAGAGACUUCAACCCCACCAAGAGACUUCAACCACACCAAGAGACGUCAACCCCACCAAGAGACUUCAACCCCACCAAGAGACUUCAACCCCACCAAGAGACUUCAACCCCACCAAGAGACUUCAACCACACCAAGAGACUUCAACCACAACAAGAGACUUCAACCCCACCAAGAGACUUCAACUCCACCAAGAGACUUCAACCCCACCAAGAGACUUCAACCCCACCAAGAGACCUCAACCCCAUCAAGAGACUUCAACCACACCAAGAGACUUCAACCCCACCAAGAGACCUCAACCCCACCAAGAGACCUCAACCACACCAAGAGACCUCAACCCCACCAAGAGACCUCAACCCGACCAAGAGACGUCAACCCCACCAAGAGACUUCAACCCCACCAUGAGACUUCAACCACAACAAGAGACUUCAGCCCCACCAAGAGACUUCAACCACACCAAGAGACCUCAACCCCACCAAGAGACUUCAACCCCACAAAGAGACUUCAACCCCACCAAGAGACUUCAACCCCACAAAGAGACUUCAACCCCACCAAGAGACUUCAACCCCACCAAGAGACCUCAACCACACCAAGAGACGUCAACCCCACCCAGAGACCUCAACCCCCACCAAGAGACCUCAACCCCACCAAGAGACCUCAACCCCACCAAGAGACCUCAACCCCACCAAAAGACCUCAACCCCACCAAGAGACCUCAACCCCACCAAGAGACUUCAACCCCACCAAGAGACCUCAACCCCACCAAGAGACCUCAACCCCACCAAGAGACCUGGCGCACGUCAAGAAAUAACUAGACACACUUCAACAAGACCAAAAAGACUUACAGUUGGUCCAGCAGUUUCAAGCAGCCACAUCCUGUAA